AUGAGUAAGGACAAUCUAUCCUUGACAACUGAGUUUAUCCUCAUAGGAUUUACAGAUCACCCAGAGCUGAAGACACUUCUGUUUGUGGUGUUCUUUGCCAUCUAUCUCAUCACCAUGGUGGGGAAUCUUGGCUUGGUGGCAUUGAUUUUCAUGGAGCGCCGUCUUCACACACCAAUGUACAUAUUUCUGGGUAACCUAGCUCUCAUGGAUUCCUGUUGUUCCUGUACGAUUACCCCCAAGAUGUUACAGAACUUGUUUUCUGAGGACAGAAUGAUUUCUCUCCAUGAGUGCAUGGCACAAUUUUAUUUUUUCUGUUUUGCUGAAACUACAGACUGCUUUCUUCUGGCAGCAAUGGCCUAUGACCGCUAUGUGGCAAUAUGCAGGCCAUUGCAGUACCAUACCAUGAUGUCGAAGCAACUCUGCAUUCAGAUGAACAUAGGGGCCUACAUAGCUGGAAACCUACACUCCAUGAUUCAUGUAUUAUUUCUACUAAGAUUAACUUUUUGUGGAUCUCAUCAAAUCAAUCACUUCUUUUGUGAUAUUCUUCCACUAUUCAGACUGUCCUGUGUUGACCCUUAUAUCAAUGAACUGAUGGUACUUAUUUUUUCUGGGUCAGUUCAAAUCUUCACUAUAACAGUAGUCUUAAUCUCUUAUAUUUGCAUCCUUUUCACUAUUUUCAAAAUGAAAUCCAAAGAGGGAAGAGGCAAAGCUUUAUCUACCUGUUCAUCUCACUUUCUUUCUAUCUCAAUAUUCUAUGGCUCUCUUCUCAUUAUGUACAUUCGGCCACGUUCAGACACUGUAGGUGAUAAUGAUAUAGUCAUUGCAAUUUUUUACACUCUAGUAAUUCCAUUAUUAAAUCCUUUUAUCUAUAGCCUAAGAAAUAAGGAAAUAAUAAAAGUUUUGAAAAGAAUUAUUAACAAGUGGAAACCUCAUAACAUUCUGAAACAGAUAUCAUCACCUGUGACAAAUUGA